AUGUCCGCCCAGCCCCGGGCCGGGCCCGCGCGCGGCGCCCGGAGCGCCGGGAGGGCGGGAGCGAGCGCAGGAACGAGCGGGAAGGGCCGAGGCGCCGCGACCCGCGCCAGAAGAAGCCCGCACGUCCAGGACCGCCGCCCCGCGCCCCGAAGGGCGGUAGGCGCCCGGCGCGCUCUUGUGCUCGGGGGCGGCGGGCGAGACCGGUGGCCUGCGGGAGGUCGCAGGAAACGAGGAGAGGCGGAGAGGAAGGAGGUCGGGCUGCGGCGGACGCCGCUCUCUAGCUCCGGCGGGAGGGGCGGCUCAGGUGGCUGUGCGGCUGCCGCUGGUUUCGGUUCUGGUGCUCCGGGACGGGCCGCUGCCGCUCUCUGCCGCCGCCGCCGCCGCGCUCUGCGCCCGGGGCCUCGGUACCGCCUUCUCCCGGGCGGCCGCAACUACCGCCGCCAUCCUCCCGCUCACACGGCGGCUCGCGGAAGUUCAGCAAUAUUGAUGAUAAGACUAUGAACAGCGAAAACAAAAGAAAUAACCAAGAAGGCAGAAGCCAGCUCCAUCUUAAUUAGACCUAUCCCGUAAAACUGAUGGUGGAGGAAGCGCAGUUGGAAGAACGAAAGAUAAUCGAGCCUGACCUUCAGUAGUAAAGCAAAAACUGUGGUGCAGAGAAAGCUACACCCGAUUUAGGAGACCAGGGGUCUGGGUCUGGGAGCAGAAAUAACUUACAUGCAGUAAGCAAAUUUUUCCUUUUUGGACAUUCGUUUCCUGACCUGGGAUUAAAUCCCUAGGGCACCCGCAGCCUUAAAAUCCAAUUAAUUUCUCUAGGGGCCCCUGACUGGCUCGGUCGGCAGACCGUGGGGGGCGGGGUGUGAGUUUAAGCCCCCAGGUUGGGUGUAGAGAUGACUUAAAUAGAUAAAUAAACUUAAAAAAAAAAAAUCCCACUAUGUCUCUAAAAUGGAAUUUAGGAAAAUUCUCUUCGGUUCAUUACUGUGAUGUAGUAUCUUGGUGACAGAGCGUGGUCUGGAAAUUCGUUUUGAAAAUGGCUGAAGUGUCCUCUCUGUGAAAAUAGCAAUCGGUAUUUUUGUACAAACUGUAAAAAUAAAUCUCUUUUUCCC